AUGGCGGCCGCCCAUAUAACGCUCCUAACCCCUGCUCUUCGCCGCAUUUCGACCUCUUCGUUUCCAGACAUCCCGGUGCUCCUCCUUCCGCCGGCGACCCUACAGCUUCUUCAGACCAUCUUCCUUGCUCCUUCAAUUACGAGCCAAAUCACGUCCAUUGAAACUCUAACGGGUAGCAAUUUUAAGGAAUGGAACGAACAAAUUCGCCUCGUUCUGGGCGUUAUGGACCUUGAUUAUGCCUUAUGGGUUGAUAAACCUACCCCACUUUCAGACACUAGCACUCCAGAUGAAAAAUCUGCUUAUGAAAAGUGGGAAAGGUCCAACCGUUUGUCACUUAUGAUAAUGAAAGGUUCCAUAUCGUCGGAUAUUCGAGGAGGCAUGCCUGAUUUUGAAAAUGCUAAGGACUUCCUUGAUUCCAUUGAGGAGCAGUUUCAGAUCUCCUCUAAAGCACUUGCUACGACACUGAUCAUCAAUAUGGUAACUUCUAAGUACAACGACCUUGGUGGUGUUCAUAGGCAUAUCCUAAGAAUGAAUAAUAUGACUGCAGCUCAGCUUAAGGCCAUGGACAUGGAGAUCUUUGAGGGCUUUCUCGUCCAUUUCAUUAUGACAUCUCUUCCUUCUCAAUUUGGUCCUUUCAAGAUCAACUAUAAUACUCAGAAGGAGAAAUGGAAAAUGAGCGAAUUGAUCAGUAUUUGUGAUCAAGAAGAAGAAAGAUUUAAGGUUGAGACACCUGAUAGUGCCCACUUUACCACUCAAUGA